GUAUAUUGUGGCACCAAGACUUUUCAUUGCUUUUCUAUAACUAUGCAAAUUAUACAAUUUAUACGUGUGCGGGCCCCAUUCGGCACGCAGUAGACCCGAGAGGUCCACUGUCACGUGCCUAAUUGAGCCGGUCACGUUUUGUCCCGUAACAGAGCCCCUCUCUUUACACUUCGCGUCCCGAGAAGUGUUUGCUUCCUUCCGUAUUGUUUACUCGGAAUGUGGGUCGCGUCGUCGCGUCGCUGCAUGCCCGACCCUGCGCCGCAUUCCAAAAGCAAUUCCAAUCUUGUUUAGGCAUUACAAACAAUAAACAAGCAAACGGCGGCAUUCUUACACGCCUCACCGCCUUACCGGCAGAUCACCGAUAGUUCUAUAAGGGGGGUCUUCUUGCCUCUGAUAUAUCUCCCACAAUCAGAUUAUUCCCCCUUAUUUACUCAUACGAAGAUGGCUGCACUGCAACCCAUCGCUCCGGCUGCUAUCGCUGAUCGGUCCGCAGCGGCCCCUUCCGCGUUAGUUAUCCCUACUUGCCUUCGAUGUUCUAAGCGAAUUGCCGUCUCUUCUAACGACGAAUUUUGCCAUUUUGAUAAAGGUCCUGCUGCUAAAUGUAGUUAUUGUCGCAAACAAAAGAAAGUCUGCCUCCCGAUACCUCCUCGCUUUGUUCCCGACGUGAACCUCUUAUAUCAGACUCAUGCCUUUUGGUGCCUUACUCCGGAUAAUAGCCAAGAGGAUGAGGACGCCUCCGAGGUGGUGAUUCGCCGGUGUAAUCGAUACGUCAAGGCAGUGGAGGCUUUCCUUCGAAAAGAGGUUAAACAAGGGGGGACUCACAAACCGCAGUCCGCAGAGGAAUUGACUCUUCUUCUGGUGUCCAAAUUGAGUAGAAUUGGCGAUCUUAUGGAGCGCAUUGUGGAUUCGUAUCGAUUCGUUAAUAACCUGCCUGCCUUGGACGUCGCCGCCGCAGCUCCUACUGCACCAUUAAUCGCCGCCUUAAACUCGGACGAAGAAGGGGAGUUCAUGGCUCCGGUUAUACACCCUCGCGCUGUGCGCGCUGUCGCCGACGCACUGCAGGGUGUCCAAGCUCCUCCGGGGCCCCCAGGUGGUAACCAGGGCCUGAAUAUGGUAGCUGGUUCCCUAGGUCGCCGUCAUGCUUCUGCUUCAUCGAGCCGGACGGGCCCCGCUGUCUUCACGACGGCUCAGCAAGGCCUCCGGAAAGGUUCUGCGAAGUUGAAGAGGAGUGUAAUCGUGGAUCCCAAUGAAUCCGAAGAGUCUGCUCCUGAAGAGGAUGAUGUGUCGGAUCAACCUCAUCAGACCACCGGUGCCCCGCGUCACCCCUUGGAUGAGAGUGUACCGGCUUUAUUGUUUGGAAGCUUGGGUAGAAAGAACGCUCCUCCUGCUACGCCUCGUCGUUCUCGGUCCGAUAAGCUCGCGACUAGAUCCGCCAUUCCCCUUUCCGCUUCUAAGUCGUCGCAGCUUGCCUCUCGCAACACACCGACACCCCGCUCUCAUCCCGUAGGCUCUCUUAAAUCCCGAAAGAGGGCUCCCAGCACUGUUCAACAAGUCUAUAUUGGUGAGUCUGAUAGUCAAGCAGAUUCGCCCCAAAGGCUUCGCUCUGAGAAUUCUGAUGUGGAGCGGGUUUCCAAGAGGCAACGGGUUGCCGCUGGUUUUCCGACAGGAGCUCGCCCUGUCAGCGAGAUUCGCGAGAACGAGGAGGAAGGAGUCGGUGAUCAAGAUGAGAUCAGUGGGGGGGGUGAGGUUGAUCAGAUCGGGCUCGCGAGUCCCGGGGGAUAUGCCAGCGAUGUAGGUUCUGUCCUUCUUGGCGAUCGAGAUAUUGCAGCUGACCUCCUGGAUCAGGCAGAUGAAUUAGGGAACUGAUUUCGACCUUCCA